CGCCUCUGCUUUGGUGCAGGGGCCUCGCCGGGUCCGAAGGCUAGGAGGACCGGCUGACGUGCGAGGCACGCUGCGGAGUAUCACUGUUCUAUAGAGACAGCAUCACAAAAGAGGGAGAUCCUGCACUGCGCCCCCUAAGGACUUGACUCAGCCUCUCGGGUGACACGAAAUUAGAAACAGCGCGGCCGCUGGACGUCCUCGACGCACGCCCGUCGCCCAAAAGCAACCAGAACCAUGCGCCGCGCGCUCCUCCUGCUGGCCGCCGCAACGGCGACGACCAACGACGGCGUCUCGUACGAAGCCAGGAUUGUAUUAAGGGACCGCGUCCGCGACAUGCACGCCCACGCGCUACAAAGUUAUAUGGACCACGGCUACCCCCACGACGAGCUCCUGCCCCUGUCCUGCGAGGGCCGGCGCUGGGACGCGCGGAAACGAGGAACCCUCGACGAUAGUUUAGGAGGCUACAUGAUGACCUUGGUGGAUGGCGUGGACACGCAACUGGUCGUGGGCGACCACGAGGCCUUCGCACGAUCGCUCGACAUCAUCACAUCGGAAGUCUCAUUUGAUAGAGAUGUGUCCGUGUCGACGUUCGAGGCGACGAUUAGGGUACUGGGAGGUUUGUUGUCCGCCCACUACCUCGUGACGGAGCCUGUUUUGAGGCCGGCUAUCUUGCGGGCGGCCGCCAAUUCCACAUUAGACGCCUCGCCGGUCGACACGCGACGGCGGUGGGCUAGGGAGCUGAAGGGCCUGGCCGCCGAUUUGGGGGCUCGGUUACUACCGGCGUUCAGAACACCAACGGGCAUCCCAGCUCAUAGAGUCAACCUGAGACGAGGACUACUGAACGACGAGUCGCGCGAGACGUGCGCGGCCGCGGCCGGGACGAUGCUGCUGGAGUUCGCACGAUUGUCGCGAUUGACGGGCGACCGGCGCUACGCGCAAAAGGCGCGCGAGGCCGUCGACGCGCUCUGGCGGCGAAGAUCCGCGCGCACCGAUCUUGUUGGUUCGACGAUCUGCGCGAAAACCGGGAGGUGGCUGAGCCCGGGCACGGGCAUCGGGGCCGGCGUCGACUCGUUCUACGAGUACCUGGUCAAGGCGGCGCUGUACGAAGAUGAUCCUGUCCUACUGGAAAGGGGCUUAGCGGGCGUCGCCGCGGCGCAUCAAACGACGGCGGUCCGCGACGCUUCCAAUAAUCUCACCUGGAAUCUAGAUGUUCGUAGAGACGACGGGCGGCGCAUUUCUAGUAGAGUGUCGUCGCUGGCGGCGUUCUGGCCGUCACUACUCCUAUUAGCUGGUAGCGACGUCGGCGAGGCGCAGAUGACCUUUCGAGGGUACUGGGAGAUCUUCCGGCGGUUUGGGGCUUUACCGGAGUUGUUUGAUCUGGAUUCGGAGACGGCGGUGCACUUCGGGAAAGAUGCCCCAUUAAGGCCGGAGCUCGCCGAGUCGGCGCUGCACUUGUACCUGCGGACGAACGACGGCCACUACCUGGUUGUUGGCAGGGAAUUGAUAAAUGCUUUAAAUGACGAUUCUAGGGUGGCCUGCGGCUUCGCGGCCGUCGCCGACGUGGAUUCGAAGCGCCUGGACGACCGCAUGGAUUCGUAUUUUUUUGCGGAGACGUUGAAAUAUUUAUUUCUAUUAUUUGACCUGUCGCUCGAGCCGCAGGACCGCCAGUCGUUCUUCUGCUGCGACGAGCGGUCUGUUCAUAGACUGAAUAGUACGCGGGGCUGCGCCGUCGACGGGCGGCCCUGCUUGUCAUUGUCAGCCACACUACUGUCGACGGAGGGCCACUUCUUCCAGAUGCCGGCCGGGGCCGUGAGCGGCGCCUUCGGCGCGCGGAUGCCCGCCGACGCCGUCGCGGGGCCGUUCGAGUGCGAGGCGUCGACGACGACGACGACCUCUCGGGCGGCGUAA